AUGCCGCUACUCACCUCUUUGGCCUUUGCGCCUAUCCUCCUGAAGACCGGAGGCGCCUCGUUAGCUGUAACAGGUACAUCUGUAGCUGCUACUACUACCACGGCUGCAGCUGCAGGCGGAGCUGCAGCAGCAGGGGGAGCAGCAGCAGCAGGAGGGAAGUUCAUUGGCCUCGCGGUGCUCACGAAAGGCGUCUCUAGCGCAGCUAAGGGCGGAGCUUUCACCAAAGUUGGUGGCAGCAGCGCAGCAGCAGGACAUGCAUUUCUUGCAUCUACCCAUUCAGCAGCAGCAAAUGGUGCUGCAGCACCGGCAGCAGCAGCAGCAGUAGGGGCAGCGCCCGUUGUCUCAACGGCAGCUGGAAAUGCAGCAGCAGCAGCGCCAAAUCUUGCUGCUGCUGGUGCAGCUGCAGCAGCACCUAUCGUCGUGGCAGCAGCCCCUGCAGCGGAGGCAGCGACAGCAGCUGUAGCAGCACCUUCAUCUGCAGGUGGAGUAGCUGCUGCAGUUCCUGCUGCAGCAAGCCAUGCAAAGCAUUUCACAAUGAUCGCUACGGUGGUGGGUAUAAUGGCGCUGAGGGCUUUAGCUAAUCGCUACUGGCUGUCUUCUCCAGCAGCAAACAAAAGCAGACUUGUACGUCGUGUUACGCGUUGGUCUAAAGAAGAACAAAUACAGGUAGAGGUAGAGGAGGAGUUCGGAAGAAUUCCUCAAUUGCCAUUCAAAGAUGAAGGAAAGAGCUUCGUUGAAGCAGGUACAGGGGCUUCUGCUGCAGGUGCAGAAGCAGCAGAAGGAGGCAGCAGAGUCUCAGCUGCAGCACGAACAGAUGCAGGGCUUACAGACAUUGAAACGACAGCAUCAACGCAAGAAACAAGAAGACGCCGUGUUACAUAUGUGCGAAGGGGUAGGGGAAAGCUCCACAGGUUUCUCUAA